UCCAUCAUAAAACCACGAUCUUUUCCUAAACCAAACCAAGUUGUUUCCUGUGAAAACGGAGGUUUAUUUUGAAAAGACUGUAUUCAUGUAAUGAGCGGAAAUUGACACGUGUUGCUAGAUAUUAUUAGAUAUUAUAUAGAAGAAGGCAUGAGGAAUAACUUUUCGUAAGAUAUCACACGAGGUGUUGUAUGAGGAUACAGCCAUCAAGUGGUUCACUUUGUGUACUGAAUGUAACCUAUAUAUUCCGAGAUAAAUCCCUGAUUAUUUGUUAGUUUUUGCAGCAACUGACUGGGGUUUAUUUACUUGAGUUUAAUUUGAUAUCAGCAUUUUUUUUGUUUCAUAUUCCACACCUUUGCUCAGGCUCCUGCUCGUAUUUCACUGGUGCUGCUGGUUUCAGUACCACGGACAGCAACAUUCUUUUACGUUUUACAUUUUUGUAAAGUUUUGCCUUUUGGGAAGUCAUUUUACAUUUCAGUAAAACAUUGGAUGAGAUGUCAUUGCAGUUUAUAUACUGUUUUCUGCUGUUGUUUCAAUUGUCCAAUUGACUCCAGCUUGUCAACAUAACGCAAAUGGAAACUUUACUAAUAGUAAACAACUGAUCACGAGCUGUGUAUAUUCACAGGCUUUAAAUGCUUUGUCUUUAAGUCCCAGUAGUUCAGGAUUUCGACUCCAAGUGACGCUGUUGGUCAGCAAAAAGAUUGCAGUGUUACCAGCCAGCCUGUUCCCCUCCCUCACUACCAUACUUCAGCUCAACUGCGGAGAUACUGUCCUUCGUGGGAGGACAGGGCGUGUAGAGGCUUCUUACAUUUGUCUUUGGAUUAUACGAGGAGUACGUUGUUAUCUAAAAGCAGUAAAGCUGGACUACAGUUUUCUUCAAGUGAGGACGCAUUAUUCAUCAAGAUCUAUUGCUUUUGAUAUGGCAACCCGAGGCUCCAGAAGUGUAAGAUGGCGACUGUCUUUUCUGUUACGAUGUCAAGUGGGAUUACUCAUUUUGCUCAGUUAUAUGGGUGAUGGAGUGGCUGGACAGAUUCGCUAUUCUAUACCAGAGGAGAUGAAGAAAGGCUCUCUGAUAGGUAACGUAGCACAGGACCUCGGUCUGGAUGUGAAGAGGCUCCGUUCUGGCCGUGCGCGUAUUGUUACCGGAGAAAACAUCCAGUACACCGAGCUGAAGACAGACAAAGGGACGCUGGUAGUGAAUGAGAGAAUAGACCGAGAGGAGCUUUGCGGAGACGUCACACCGUGCAGUUUCAGCUUCGAAAUCAUUUUAGAAAACCCAAUCGAGCUUCAUCGUGUCACUGUCGAAAUUUUAGAUAUAAAUGAUAAUACUCCUUUCUUUGUAAAUAAAGACAUCCAGUUUGAAAUGAGCGAAUCUGCUACAAUUGGAGCUAAAUUUCCUGUUGAAAGCGCAGUUGAUCCUGACGUUGGACUAAACGCUUUGCAAAAUUAUAUUCUCUCUCCGAAUAAUUAUUUCAUUCUGAAGCAACAUUCCAAUCCAGACGGCAGUAAAUACGCUGAGUUGGUGCUCCAGAAACCAUUAGACAGAGAGGAACACCCCAGUCUCCCUCUAAAGGUAAUAGCUGUCGACGGUGGAGACCCACAGAGAUCUGGCACGGUGAAUAUAAAUAUAUCUGUUUUAGAUGUAAAUGAUAAUGCCCCUGUAUUCAACCAGUCAGUUUACAGGGCCGCCGUAGUGGAAAAUGCGCCAAAAGGGACUUAUAUUACAACAGUGAACGCUAGUGAUGCAGACAUUGGCAUUAACGGGGAAAUAAUAUUCAGUUUUUCGAAAAUAAAAGGCAUUACUGUCAAUAUUUUUAGUAUUGAUGAAAACACAGGUGUCAUCUCAGUUGCUGGAGUAAUAGACUUUGAAAAAGAGAGAAAGUAUGAGCUUAGGUUAGAGGCAAGGGAUCGAGGAGGUUUGAUUGGGACCAGUAAGGUUAUAAUUGAUGUUAGUGACGUCAAUGACAACGUUCCAUUGAUUAAUAUCAUGUCAUUUUCUAAUACUAUAUCAGAAGAUGCCCCUCCAGGCACAACAAUAGCUGUUAUCAAUGUCAAAGACGCAGAUUCAGAGAAAAAUGGACAGAUACAAUGUGCUAUAGACAAAACGCUGCCCUUUAAAAUCCAGUCGUCAUUAACCAACUACUAUAAUUUGGUGGCCGAUCAGCAUUUUGAUAGAGAGACUAUAUCUGAAUAUGAUAUUACAAUAAUAGCCACCGACUCAGGAUCUCCUCCUCUUUCUAGCUCUGUCACACUGCAACUUAGAAUCUCUGACGUGAACGAUAACGUUCCAUUGUUCGAUAAAAACUCCUAUUCUGCUUACGUCACAGAGAAUAAUUCCCCUGGAAUGUCAAUUACCGCUGUUAGCGCGCGAGACUCUGACUGGAAUCAGAACGCGAGAAUCUCAUAUUUCCUCGAGGACACACGAAUCAGCGGUAAUCCAGUGUCCAACUAUGUGUCCAUUAACUCUGAAACUGGGGCUUUACAUGCGCUGCGUUCGUUUGAUUAUGAACAAAUGAAAGAACUUCAGCUAGUAGUCAAAGCGCAGGAUGGAGGUUCCCCUCCACUCAGUAGCAACGUGACCGUGAAAUUAAUAGUCCAGGACCAGAACGACAACCCCCCUCAGGUCCUGUACCCAGUCCAAACUGGUGGCUCUCUGGUGGCUGAAAUGGUGCCUCGUUCAGCAGAUGUUGGCUAUCUGGUCACUAAAGUGGUGGCUGUUGAUGUGGACUCUGGACAGAAUGCCUGGCUCUCCUAUAAACUGCAGAAAGCCACAGACAGGGCGCUGUUUGAAGUGGGCUUACAGAAUGGAGAAAUAAGAACUAUCCGCCAAGUCACUGAUAAAGAUGCUGUGAAACAAAGACUGACUGUUAUAGUGGAGGACAACGGGCAGCCCUCUCGUUCAGCUACAGUCAUUGUUAACGUGGCGGUGGCGGACAGCUUCCCUGAAGUGCUGUCUGAGUUCACUGACUUUACACACGACAAGGAGUACAAUGACAACCUGACUUUUUACUUAGUGUUGGCUCUGGCUGUAGUCUCCUUCCUCUUCAUCACGUGUUUAGUGGUUAUUAUAUCAGUGAAGAUCUACAGGUGGAGACAGUCUCGCGUCCUGUAUCACUCCAGUCUCCCUGUGAUUCCAUAUUAUCCACCACGUUACUCAGACACUUUGGGGACAGGAACGCUCCAACACGUGUACAACUACGAGGUGUGCAGGACGACUGACUCCAGAAAGAGUGACAUGAAAUAUAUGCAACCGAUGAGUCAAAGUUUAGUGAGUGUGGAUGGAGCUGACACUGAUGCCCCACAGGUGGACAAGCAACUGUCAGGCAACUGCUCUCAAAUGUCAACUUUGCUGAGCUCAGUGGCUGGACAGGCUCGGUACUCCGUACCAGAGGAGCAGGCAGAGGGCUCUUUUGUUGGAAACAUCGCUAGAGAUUUAGGCUUGGAUGUGGCGAGGCUCGUGUCAGGUAAAGCUCGUAUUAUUACAAAAGGAAGCCGACAGUACGUUGAUUUAAACCGAGACAAAGGCACCCUUGUGAUUAAAGAGAGAAUCGACCGAGAAGAGCUGUGUGGAAAGACGACGCCCUGUAGCUUCAGUUUCGAGGUGAUUUUAGAAAAUCCAAUCCAGCUUUAUCGGGUCACAGUGGAGGUAAUAGACAUAAACGAUAACAGUCCGUCGUUCCCAAAGGAUGAAAUCAAUUUGAAAAUAGUUGAAAGUGUUGCAUCGGGGUCUCGUUUUUCGCUAGAGAGUGCAGACGACCCCGAUGUUGGUAUUAAUGAUAUUCAGAAAUACCUCCUUAAACCUUCAGAUAAUUUCAAAUUAGAAGUACAGAGCCAGCCUGAUGGAGGGAAAUCCAUCGAAAUGGUUUUACAAAACCCGUUAGACCGAGAGAAAGAGGAGACUCACACUCUCGUGCUGAUUGCGUCAGAUGGAGGAGAGCCACACAGAUCAGGGACGGUGCGUAUUCAUAUCACUGUGCUAGAUGCUAACGAUAAUGCACCAGUGUGCAGCCAGCCUGUUUAUAAAGCAGAUGUAAAGGAGAAUUCUCCUGAAGGAACAGUGGUAACCACUGUGAGUGCAAAUGACGCAGAUAAAGGAGUUAAUGGCGAGGUAACAUUUUCCAUAGCUCAUGUUGCCAGAGAAGCGAAGCAGCUUUUUGAAGUAAAUACUAAAACUGGAGAGAUUAAAGUUGCAGGUAAACUGGACUUUGAAAAAUCAAAAACUUAUCAAUUAAAUGUAAAGGCCAGUGACCAUGGAGGACAUUCAGAUGCAUGCAAAGUUAUUAUACAAAUAAUUGAUGAGAAUGAUAACGUCCCUACAAUUCAGAUGAUGUCAUUUUCUAACUCUAUAUCUGAGGAUUCUCCUCCAGGUACAACUAUAGCUGUUAUUAACGUUGAUGACGAAGACUCUGAUGGUAAUGGUGUAGUCAAGUGCUCCAUUAACUCUGACAUACCUUUUAAAAUUGAGUCCUCAUUAACAGGAUAUUAUACUAUAGUAACAGACAACUUGUUAGACAGAGAAAGUAUUCCUGAGUAUAACAUCACCAUAACCGUCUCUGACCAAGGCUCCCCGCCUCUGACUAGCAGUAAAAACAUCAAUGUUAAAGUUUCUGAUGUGAAUGACAGCCCACCCAAAUUUGACCAGUCAGAAUACAGUAAGACUGUACCAGAGAACAACUCUCCUGGGUUUUCUGUGUUCACUCUCAGUGCUAGUGAUGCAGACUGGGGGCAAAACGCUCGGGUCUCUUACUUCCUGGAGGAUAAAGAGAUUAAUGGAGCAGCUGUGUCUUCGUUAGUGUCAAUAAAUUCAGAAAAUGGUGUCAUUCAUGUAGUGAGGUCAUUUGAUUAUGAACAAAUCAAGUGGUUUGAAUUUAAUGUAACAGCUCGUGAUGCUGGAUCCCCUCCUCUGAGUUCAGUGGCUACAGUUAGAUUAAUAGUCCAGGACCAGAACGACAACACCCCUCAGGUUCUGUACCCAGUCCAGACUGGUGGCUCUCUGGUGGCUGAACUGGUGCCUCGUUCAGCAGAUGUGGGCUAUCUGGUCACUAAAGUGGUGGCUGUUGAUGUGGACUCUGGACAGAAUGCCUGGCUCUCCUAUAAACUGCAGAAAGCCACAGACAGGGCGCUGUUUGAAGUGGGCUUACAGAAUGGAGAAAUAAGAACUAUCCGCCAAGUCACUGAUAAAGAUGCUGUGAAACAAAGACUGACUGUUAUAGUGGAGGACAACGGGCAGCCCUCUCGUUCAGCUACAGUCAUUGUUAACGUGGCGGUGGCGGACAGCUUCCCUGAAGUGCUGUCUGAGUUCACUGACUUUACACACGACAAGGAGUACAACGACAACCUGACUUUUUACUUAGUGUUGGCUCUGGCUGUAGUCUCCUUCCUCUUCAUCACGUGUUUAGUGGUUAUUAUAUCAGUGAAGAUCUACAGGUGGAGACAGUCUCGCGUCCUGUAUCACUCCGGUCUCCCAGUGAUUCCAUAUUAUCCACCACGUUACUCAGACACUUUGGGGACAGGGACUCUCCAACACGUGUACAACUACGAGGUGUGCAGGACGACUGACUCCAGAAAGAGUGACUGUAAGUUCGGAGGAGCCGGUAGUCAGAACGUGCUGAUAAUGGACCCCAGUUCUACAGGGACGAUGCAACGGAUACAGAGUGAGAAGAGCAUCCUGGAUGAACCAGACUCUCCUCUAGAGGUUGGUUAAAUGAUCCAUCAUUCUUCACAAAUAUGUAGUGUAUUCAUUUUAAUGUAUUUUUAGAUUACAGACAUUACUUGGCUUUGUGGUGUGUCUCACUGCCUGCUCCGGGGGCAUUUUCAGCACCACUAGUGGUGGACAGCUCCUCUAAGAGUUGAGCCAGUUAACUGAAGUGAAAAAGAGUCAGUAAGGAAAAUGCACACCAUAAAAGACCUACUCUGAUGCUGAUACUUGCAAUUGAAAUAUCAAUUCCCAUGUCUGUGCUUUCUUGGGGGACUUACUAACGACUGGGUGCAUUGCAUUGGAUUGUAUUCUUAGAUUACAGAUAUUACUUGGCUUCAUUGUGUGUCUCACUGCCUGCUCGGUGGGCAUUCUCAGCACCACUAGUGAUGGACAGCUACUCUCAGAGUUGAGCAAGUUAACUUACAUUAAGAGUCAUAAAAGACCUACUCUUGAUACUGAUACUUGUUACCAACCUGUAAUCUUGUUGUUUGUACUGCAUUUUCUUGGGUCUGCUGUAAUUAGAAAAUAGGUAUGGACUUGUUGCUUACAGCUAGGUGUUUUUUUUUCGUUUGUGUGUGUGGAGAGACACAUCAACUGAAGUAGCACAUCAAAAGAGUUUCCAUUUAACAACAUGGCUUGUGGCUGUUUUGCAUUCUGCUCUCCCAUUUUAUCUCUUAACCUUAUAAGCUACAUCUUGUACAUCUUAUUUACAUUUCAAUCCAACUUAUAAAUGCACACAUUUAAUUAAACAUAGCAUACAACAUUAGCUGGCUCCUAAACACUCACAGCUGCUAUUCAAAGAGAUGUAUCUCCACUCUUUCUUUAAUGGCAGCACUUGCUA